CCGCCCACUCUGUCACACCGGAAGCGGAAGACGAGCUGUUGCUGUGUCGGUGUGUGUGUCACGGGUUAUUCGGUACCGAGAUGGGUAGAGGGGGCGGAACGUUUGAAAGACUGCUGGGUAAGAGUGGGAUCCGGGUCUGAGUCCUGCACCGGUCACGGCCAGCCUCGGGCUCUCCAGCUGGAUUCAACCAGCCAAGGGCAUCAUGGGAAAUGUAGUCCGCGACAGCUGGAGUGCCAGGGGCCGGCCCUGUGUGAGAUACAGUGUCACAUAGACCCCCAAUAACUAUACCAACCGUCUAUAGACCCCCAAUAACUAUACCAACCGUCUAUAGACCCCCAAUAACUAUACCAACCGUCUAUAGACCCCCAAUAACUAUACCAACCGUCUAUAGACCCCCAAUAACUAUACCAACCGUCUAUAGACCCCCAAUAACUACACUAACCGUCUAUAGACCCCCAAUAACUACACUAACCGUCUAUAGACCCCCAAUAACUAUACCAACCGUCUAUAGACCCCCAAUAACUAUACCAACCAUCUAUAGACCCCCAAUAACUAUACCAACCGUCUAUAGACCCCCAAUAACUAUACCAACCGUCUAUAGACCCCCAAUAACUAUACCAACCGUCUAUAGACCCCCAAUAACUACACUAACCGUCUAUAGACCCCCAAUAACUAUACCAACCAUCUAUAGACCCCCAAUAACUAUACUAACCGUCUAUAGACCCCCAAUAACUAUACCAACCAUCUAUAGACCCCAAUAACUAUACCCUAUAGACCCCCAAUAUGACCCCAAUAACUAUACGUCUAUACUAUACUAUAAGACCCAAUAACUAUACCAACCGUCUAUAGACCCCCAAUAACUAUAACCGCUAUAGACCCCCAAUAACUAUACCAACCAUCUAUAGACCCCCAAUAACUAUACCAACCGUCUAUAGACCCCCAAUAACUAUACGUCUAUAGACCCCCAAUAACUAUACCAACCGUCUAUAGACCCCCAAUAACUAUACCAACCGUCUAUAGACCCCCAAUAACUAUACUAACCGUCUAUAGACCCCCAAUAACUAUACCAACCAUCUAUAGACCCCCAAUAACUAUACUAACCGUCUAUAGACCCCCAAUAACUAUACCAACCGUCUAUAGACCCCCAAUAACUAUACCAACCGUCUAUAGACCCCCAAUAACUAUACCGACCGUCUAUAGACCCCCAAUAACUAUACCAACCGUCUAUAGACCCCCAAUAACUAUACCAACCGUCUAUAGACCCCCAAUAACUAUACUGACCAUCUAUAGACCCCCAAUAACUAUACCGACCGUCUAUAGACCCCCCAAUAACUAUACCGACCAUCUAUAGACCCCCCAAUAACUAUACCGACCAUCUAUAGACCCCCCAAUAACUAUACCGACCAUCUAUAGACCCCCAAUAACUAUACCGACCAUCUAUGUCAUUAUAUAGUAACAUGUAUAGACCCCCAAAUAUAAAUAAAUAUAUAGUAAAUCACAUGUUUCUAUGCAGGUAAGCACUGCCAAUUCAGGACUACGUUUAAUGGCCCAUAGUGAUCAACUGGUGUGUCAAAACAACUGUAGCUUAAUGAAUUAGUGUUGGUGUAUAGAUAAUACCCCUGCAGUAUCACUGCUAAGUUAUCUGCCAUUUAGGCGUUAAAUCACUUUUGUUUCUAUUUAUGCCGCUCUGGCUGUGACUGACAGAGCCUGCAUGAAACAUAAAUAAAUGUUUUUGUUUUUGUUUUUAAAUAAGAUGUUAACUUGUUUUAGAAGUUUGUAAAUUUAACUUUACUUGCACACAUGAAACUUCUGCAGGAUCUAGAAGGCUACUACCAGAGCAAGAGAGAAGAAAUUCUAAAUUAAACAGACUGUGCAAUAAGUUUAAACAUUAGAUCUCUUUACAGGAAUUGUUUAGAAAGGCUGUGUAUGUCACAUGCAGGGGAGAUGUAACUAGGGCUGCAUAAACCAAGUGAUUUAUCUUUGAAAUGGAGAGCUGAGCAGAGAGAGUGCAGGGGCAUGAUCUAUACACCAUAACUGCUUCACUAAGCUAAAUGUGUUUUGGUAACGCUUCUAAAGUGGCUUGACAUAUUAUACUGGAAGGACGUCUGGGUAUACUUUUAUGACAACAUAUACCUGCUGAUGUAGUCUGCAUGUGAUACUGUUUAUAAACUGUAAUAGCUAAAUGAUCAUUUAAAUGUAUGGACAAGUAGACAUAUUAGAAAGAUCAGCGUAUUCAUAGAUUACAACAGAGAGCAUUUGAUUCUAUACCUACAGUACAGAGAUUUCUUUUUAUAUCUGAGCCAUGGAUAAUGCUGUUAUACCAUAAAAUAUGAAAUAUAAAAGCCCAUUUUUGGUUGGCUGCCUUGAUGUGCCCAUAACCAGGACCUGUUAUGGAAGAUAUAUUCAGCAAGGCUGCACCAGACUCACUCCAGACUUGUUUCAUGUAUUUUUAAUAGGAAUCCCUGCUUAGUCCGUUAGUUACAUUUAUGCACAAAUAUUCAUGAGGUGCGAAUGGACCAGUCCAUUGUGGGAAACGGAUUCCUGGGGUAAUUUCUUCGAUGGAAACCCAGAGAGGGGCUCGUUAUGUGAAGAAGACUUCAGGGAGACGUGUUUGAACAGAAUCUGUUAUUUGGGUUUGAGUGCAAAUCAAGUUAAGCAUUUGCUUCUAUAUGGGAGAAUUGCAGAUAGGUUUCUUCAACGGAGGAACUUUUGCAGGAUCGGAUGGCUGACAAUAUAUGGCAGUCUGGGAUCAAUACUGAACUAAAAUACAGUGUGAUGGUCCACUUUAUUUCUUAUCACACAAAUCAGGCUGUUAGGAGAUAGCAUGAUUUAAUCAAUUCUGUUUUCCUCUUUACAGAUAAAGCCACCAGCCAGCUCUUGCUGGAGACUGAUUGGGAGUCCAUUCUGCAGAUAUGUGAUAUGAUUCGUCAGGGAGAUACCCAGUAAGUGUAUCUCUGUUACCUACCUGCCAGAGUUUAUUAUUUCUCAGAUUUUCAUGCAGUUAAACAAGUAGUAGCUUUGUUGUUUAUGCACAAAACCCUGGGUUGCAGCAAAUUGAAUUACAAAUGGGCAAAUUCGGGCCAGAAUAGCCGAGCUGUGACUAGUGAAGGCAGAUAAUUUUUCUAGAUCGGAUAAAAAUGUUCUUUAAAUGUUGUCAUUCCGAUUUCAGUUCAGUGUGUGUGCAUGAAUCUCCAUUGUGUUUCACACCAUAUUGUGUUUUCCUCAAAUACAUAAAUAGUUUUCUAGUACAGAAGUCCAACAUCUGAAUGUUAAAGCUUUAUUCUAGGCACCUGGGCAACCUCUACCCCUACUAAAACUUAGUGUAAGAAUACACCUGGCUAAAUCUGCAUUUUGGACAAUGCCCAGACACGAAAACAAACACUUUUAAUAAUCCCUGCUGCAGCCAGCUUUCUGCUGAGUAUUUCUAAUAGGAAACAUGACAUAGGAUGUUAUUGUGUGUGCACAUUGGAGCCGACUUUUCUUGUGCUUUUGGGACAGUACUACUUGGAGGUCUGGCAUGGAAAACAUUCUGCGUUUAGUGCGAGUCUUACUAUGCUCACUGAAACCUCGGUGCCUGUUGCCACCUUGUCUUUUGCAGUCACUAGAAUGUUUUUCAAAACCUGCCUUUUCAGAAAUCUGAUUGCAGCCAUUGACAGCUUCUUUAUUUUGUCCCAUUUAGGUAGUGUAAUCACUGUUCCUUCAACUUUAAACUUGCAAAUUAUGCUUCCAACAGUGUCUCCAGGAACAUUCAGUGCCGUAGCUAUCUUUUUGUAUCCUGUUUUUUAUUUGUGAAGACAAUGAGCUCUUCUCUUAACUUUGUGGACCAUUCUUUUGACUUAGCUCUAUUUCUAACAUGCAGUUAAACGUGACAUUCAACAAACCCCUAGCCAGUUCAUGUAUUUUAAGUGCUCCAGCUCAAGCACACCUGGUGCAACUAAUCAAGCACUUGAGACAACACCUAUUUCGCAUAUUUGUGCUGCUGUGAGGGAUUCUAUUCAGGGGGUUGAAUAAUUUUUAGACUGGAGAAGUCAUUAUAAGUUGCAUUUUCUGUUGAAUUUUAGGAAACCACUUAAAGCUUUUGAUUUGUGUCGAGCUAUUUCAGUUGCUUUUGUUUGAUUUGUUCAUUGCAAACAGCUGAAAGUCUGUAAAUCUUGAUAAUAAACCUGAUUUUCAAUGGGGGGGUUGAAUCAUAUGAAUUACAACUCUAUAUCAUGUCAACUUCACUGAGAUGACAUGUUUGAUUUACCUCAUUAAUAUCGAGGAGACCGUAAUUGAAAUAGCAUAUUAAUAAAUAGUCAAAAAGUUCACAUCAUGUAUUUUAAGAAUAUUAGAAUGAUUUUCGGGCAGUAGGUAGUGCUUUCGAAUGUAUUGUAUUCUAUAUGUUUAUAUUGGCUAGUUUGCAGCUCUAUUAAGGUCAUUUUUCAGAUGUAACAGACACAUAACACACAAAAAACACAGGGUUAUCUACUACAGUGAGAAUUCAAAGUGAAUUUCAAAUUUAAGGUCAAAAUGAAAAAAGCCAACAUUUGAAAUUAGUCAAAAUGGAAAAAUGUGGCAGUUUUUUUCAGUUUGGCUACUCUGGACUUAAAUUUGGAAUUCACUUUGAAUUAUCACUUUAGUAACUAACUCUGUCAGUAUUAAAAAUUCUAUGAACUGACAGUUUUCCGUUGGUGUUUUCAUGUUAUUAGGAUUAGAGGUAAUCUUCAAUUAGCCUUUCCUCUUUGUCUCUAGUUCUGUCUGUUGGUGAAGACUCACCCCACAUUUCUUAUUUUAGAGCUAAAUAUGCCGUGAAUGCCAUCAAGAAGAAGGUCAAUGACAAGAAUCCACACGUGGCUCUAUUUGCUCUCGAGGUGAGGUUUCUCAGUGUAUCUGUGGAAUAAGGUCAAACCUAGGAACAUGUACCACAUACAGUAUAUAUUUAUAUACAUUUCAGGAAGCCUUGUCCUUUCUAUGUUUCUUUGAUAACAUUAUAUCUAGUGCCUGUUUAUUUUUAGAGCUCGGUAAACAAUAAGAAAAUGGUGUUCCCAUAAUAUCCAGACAGGUGGUCGAUCUCACCGUUUUGUGUUCCGUACAGGUUCUGGAGUCUGUGGUGAAAAACUGCGGCCAGACUGUGCACGAUGAGGUGGCGAACAAGCAGACCAUGGAGGAACUGAAAGAACUACAGAAGGUAAUGGACCCAGGGUCAUCAGAUGGGGGAAAGGCCCACCCUGGCGAGCCAGACCUUAACAAAGUCAUUUUUGUUUACUGUAAUGAAACCUAAUGAAAUUAUACCAUUUUAACUUUUUAAUUCUUUUUAAAAAAAAAUUAAUUCUAUUAAUUUAAAUGUUAAUAAAUAAGACCCAGAACAUCAUCCAAAUUCCCCAGCUGUCUGUCACCAGCCCUGUACCUCGAUUGUUUGUAUGACAGAGAAAAAGUAAAGAUACCUAGAGCGAGAUCUAAGAAUAGAAGCACAUUUCUAAAAAUGACUAAAGCUUAAUUUUCAUGAGCUAAUUUGAAAUAGAGAAGACGUCGACAGUAAAAGUAUGAAACAAUGCACCUCCCGUGGCUGUGACUGACACAGCCUCCAUGAAAAAAUGGUUUUAUUUUCAAUCAGAUCUCAAAGACAUCAUAUCAAAGUGGCUUAGUAGUGGUUAUGGUGCCAGGUGUGUUAUUUAACCUCUUAAGGAGUAAGACUUUUUUGUGAUGUUACACAACUGUGAUUAAGGCCUUUUUGUCGCUGUUGCCAUGUGUUUAUUCUACUAUAAUUUCUCGCUUUCUUUUUAAGUGCACCCAUAUAUAUUAUAUAUAAUUUUUUAAAGGAAAAAUAUAAAAAAAUAUUAAAAACAUGGAGAAAAAAACACUACUUUUUUUUUCUUCUUCUCAGUUUUCCAUUUAAAGGAACAGUAUAGGGUCAGAAACACAAACAUGUAUUCCUGAUCCUAUUGUGUUAAAAACACCAUCUAGCCCCCCUGCCCGCCCAUCCCCCUUACACCGUAAAUAUAAUAAAAUCUUACCUUUAUUCCAGACUGCUGCUGGCUCUGACCCUGAUCUGCCUGCUUGGCUGGCAUCAUCAGAAGUGGUGAUCGCAGCCAAUCACAAUUCUUUCCCAUAGGAUUAGCUGAGACUGUCAAGGAGGCAGAUCAGGUCAGAUCCAGCACAAGCCAGACACAGCUCUGGGCAAUCAGCAUCUUCUCUUAUAGAUACAUUGAAUCAAUGCAUCUUUAGGAGGAAAGCUCAGUGUCUCCAUGCAGAGGGUGGAGACACUGAAUGUCAGUCACACUGCAGCACUGCCCCAGGAAGCACCUUUACUAGCCAUCUGAGGAGUGGCCAGUGGAGUUAUCACUAGGCUGUAAUGUAAACACUGCAUUUUCUCUGAAACAAACAGUGUUUACAGCAAAAAGCCUGAAGGGACGGAUUAUACUCACCAGAACAAAUACAAGAAGCUGUAGUUGUUCUGGUGACUAUAGUGUCCCUUUAAUAAUUUCUGCACACCAAUUGCAAAUUAAGAAAACUAACUCAAACUAGAUUUACUAAUUAGUCCUGAUUGUUAAAUUCCCAAUAUAUGUAGGAUUUUAAUACAUUUUUAGACGUUGUAAAACAACUAUUGCAAGAAGUGAAUUACAGUUGCAAAGCUAAAACUUUUCAAAAUUUGGCAUGCUGAGAUUACAACUUUUAUAGCAGUCACGGAAUCCAGAAUCGCUACACACAAGUAUAUAUUUGUAGUUACAGGCUAUGUAACUAAGAGCAUUUUGACACUUUACAGUUAAUCAUUUUAUUGCAAACCAAGGUCAAAUAAAUAAUUUGUUUGUGGGUUUUAUUCCACUUUUUGGAAACAUUUACAUACCAUGUCCCACUACUGCAAACAUCCCAUGUUUGUAUUCUGCUACUAUUCUCAAGUACAGUGAUACCCCACAUGUAUACCUUCUCCUCUAAUCUAACCCAUAAUUCCUGUCGUAAUCCUACCACUAAGCUCACUUCUCAAGGGAGAGGGAUUUCCCAGCUCACACAGUACAUAGGGCUCUGUCUGAUUGCAGCAUGAGCAAUGAUUUAAAGGGCUAUGAGCUGCUCUUUGAGCACUGGUCAUAGCUCUACUGUCAGUCUGGCGACACUUACUCUGGCCCCAACAGACAGAGAGGACCCCCAGAUAUCUAAAAAUACCUGGGGCUUUUUUUUUUCUUUUUUCUAGAGGGCAGACUCAGAAAUACUGCGACUGAGAGAGAUUUAAAGGACUAUGAGCUGCGCUUAUUCUGGGUGCUGCUCAUAGCUGUCCUGUCAGUCUGGGGCCACUAACUGCAUCCCCAGCUGACCGAGGAGACCCUGGAGCUCCUUGACAACAGCAAGAUGUUACCACUGCAGGUACCUUUACUAAUGGUCUUAAAGCCCUGCACAGUAUGACACCAGAGACCGCCAUGUGGUCUUUAAGUGGAUAAAGAUAAUAUAAUUGGGGCAUCUAUCAAAUCUGAAAGAGAUAGCUAAAAUACCAUACCUCAGCCAGGUGAGAGCAAACUCUUAACCUCCCUUGGCUACAGCUAAGCAGAAUAAAUCUGUAUGAAACCCUCAUAUGAUAUCAGUGACACACUCUCCCCCAGCCUGACAGUGUGCAUUUAAAACAAGGGCGACAGUGUACCAUGAGUGUGCACCAAAACCCACCCCCACCACAGUGAUGUGUAUCUCCCUGCCACCACCCCACCACUACUCCUCCAAGUAGUGUGUGUUGUAUGCAUCAAAAGCCAACAUCUCCUCCUAAGCCCCCAAAGAAAAUCUAUCCCCCCAACAGUAUGCUUUGACAAGCCCACCAGGAAGUGUGAGUAUUCUCUGGUUGUUUUGUUUAUUCUUGCUUGGGGCUCUAUACUUGGAUGGAAAUUCCCUGCAGAGAGCAGAAUGGUGAAUCAUGUGACCAUGUUUCACAGCUUCCUGAUUAGUCAGGUGAGCCGGUGUGUCAUUGAGCUCAGAUCAUGAUAGUGUCACAUUUAACAUACAGAGAUUAGGCUUCGUGUUUAUGCGAGAUCCACUCCUUUUCUUGUUUUACAAGCUGCUAGGCAGUUUUCUCUCUCACUUGAGAGCUGAGUCGACUUCUAAUCUCAGUGCUCUCUUUGCUUUGUGUAACCAAGUUAUUCUCUAGGAGCCUCACCUAAAGAUCUCUGUGCCUUCAUAACCAUUAAUAGAACGCGAUCCUGGGCCAUGUUCAUGUGACAAGUGUUAAUGUUCUCUUCAGCGACAGGUGGAGCCCAACGUACGAAACAAGAUCCUUUACCUGAUCCAGGCAUGGGCCCAUGCCUUUCGUAACGAGCCAAAGUAUAAGGUUGUGCAAGAUACAUACCAAAUCAUGAAGGUGGAGGGUAAGUUGUGGGGCAAUAUUUAUAGUAUUAUACUGUAUUUCCAUAGGAUAACAGCCUAUAGCUAUCGUAUGACAGUCUGGCAGAGGCUCAUGGUAACUGCAGUACCACAGUUGUGCAGAAGUGUGUGGUUUGCAGUGUGUGGCUAAUUGAAACAUGUGUGAAACACAUCACACACACAGAGAGAGAGAUACAGAGUAGCUGAAACAGUGAAACCAGCUUACUGAGGUCAAAAUGCUUUUUUUUUUUUCCUGUCUUAUGUUAAUUAUAGCACCAAAAUAGGUUUAGCCCCAUAAUUAUUCUAAAAAACUUUUUUUAUUCCAGGUCAUAACUUUCCUGAGUUUAAGGAGAGCGAUGCCAUGUUUGCCGCAGAGCGGGUGAGUUUGGCAAAUUUGGACACGUGUGCCUCCUACUAAUUUUUUCUAAAUAUAUUGCCUUCUUUUGCCAUGCCGAGCAAAAAGAAAAUAUAAAUGCUCAUAUUUUGCAGGCUCCUGAGUGGGUGGAUGCUGAGGAGUGCCACCGUUGUCGGGUGCAGUUUGGGGUAAUGACCCGAAAGGUCAGUGUUAGGUGCUUUUCUCUGCAAGAACGUGGACAUUUCAUGUAUAUCCAUAGCUUCCCAUUAUUUUCCCAUUUCUUUUCAUACUCAACUUCAUACUCCCUUGCCUUCUACAUUCCUUUGUUUGCUUACCCCUUUGUGUUUCUCACUUUCAUCCCUGUCUUACGUGUUCUCCCUUUCUUUGCAGCACCAUUGUCGUGCUUGUGGGCAGAUCUUCUGUGGGAAAUGUUCUUCCAAAUACUCUACCAUCCCGAAGUUUGGAAUUGAGAAGGAGGUUCGAGUUUGUGAGCCUUGCUUCGAGCAGCUCAACAAGUAAGUGAGGGAAGAAAGGAGGCUGAAUGUAGAAGCUAACACUUCAGUGUUUUUCCUUCCUCUGUGCUAAUUUAUAGCUUGAGCUGCACUGUUCAUGUUUUUAACUUUCUUCACACCAUGAGUUUUUAUCCUGUCCAUCUCCUCCACCUGUUACUCGUCCAGAUAUUGUAUUACCCAUCAUGCCAUGUUUAUAGAUCUGCACCUUUCUCAUGCAGACACAUUGAUAUGUUUCUUUCAUUCCAGGAAAGGUGAGGGCAAAUCCACAUCAAGUGGAGAGUUGCCCCCCGAGUAUCUUACCAGCCCUCUAUCUCAGCAAUCACAGGUGAGUUCCCAAGUCUUCUCUGCUCCUGUUGAUAUGCAUCCAUUGUGUCCAUAUUAAAUCCUGAUACUUGAUUACCCUGCCUGUGUUGAGGUGUACUGGUCCAUCCCCGGAGUGUUGGUCAUUAUGUAUGUAUCGUAAAUGUUCGUGUGCCACUUCUGUGUGUUUGCUGGAGAGCUGAAUAUGAGGACCUGUCAGUAUGUUCAUGUCUGUGCUCCAUGGAGUUGUGCAAGCGUUGCGCAAAGAAACUUUCUUAUUUUGUUGUGCGUUCCCACCUAGUUCUGCUUUAUUUGUCUGGUCUGUUUUCCUUUACCAGAACAAGUACAAACAAAGUCACCAAUACCUAGAGUAGAAAAAUACACCACCUCCUCGUGAAGUUGUUAGAUAUUUAAAACUAACAAGAGCCUUUUGAAACAUCUGGAAAUAACAUUAGAAGGUGAUGGUGGUCUAAGGAAAUAUUCCCUUUCUCACAUAUUUGUUUAACUUUGAGUAUUUAUUGUCUUUUAUGCAUUUUGUGCCGGGAAGGCAGUGGGUCUUGUUGUCCAUGAAGGCACCGGGUCUAGUUGUCCAUGAAGGCACCGGGUCUAGUUGUCCAUGAAGGCACCGGGUCUAGUUGUCCAUGAAGGCACCGGGUCUAGUUGUUUUUCAGGGGAACGGGUCUAGUUGUCUUUGAGGGCACCGGGUCUAGUUGUCUUUAAGGGGAACGGGUCUAGUUGUCUUUGAGGGCACGGGGUCUAGUUGUCCAUGAAGGCACCGGGUCUAGUUGUCUUUGAGGGCACCGGGUCUAGUUGUCUUUGAGGGCACCGGGUCUAGUUGUCUUUAAGGGGAACGGGUCUAGUUGUCUUUGAGGGCACGGGGUCUAGUUGUCCAUGAAGGCACCGGGUCUAGUUGUCUUUGAGGGCACCGGGUCUAGUUGUCUUUGAGGGCACCGGGUCUAGUUGUCUUUGAGGGCACCGGGUCUAGUUGCCUUUGAGGGCACCGGGUCUAGUUGCCUUUGAGGGCACCGGGUCUAGUUGCCUUUGAGGGCACCGGGUCUAGUUGCCUUUGAGGGCACCGGGUCUAGUUGUCUUUGAGGGCACCGGGUCUAGUUGUCUUUGAGGGCACCGGGUCUAGUUGUCUUUGAGGGCACCGGGUCUAGUUGUCUUUGAGGGCACCGGGUCUAGUUGUCUUUGAGGGCACCGGGUCUAGUUGUCUUUGAGGGCACCGGGUCUAGUUGUCUUUGAGGGCACCGGGUCUAGUUGUCUUUGAGGGCACCGGGUCUAGUUGCCUUUGAGGGCACCGGGUCUAGUUGCCUUUGAGGGCACCGGGUCUAGUUGUCUUUGAGGGCACCGGGUCUAGUUGUCUUUGAGGGCACCGGGUCUAGUUUUCCAUGAGAGCAGUGGGUCUAGUUGUCUUUGAGGGCACCGGGUCUAGUUGUCUUUGAGGGCACCGGGUCUAGUUUUCCGUGAGAGCAGUGGGUCUAGUUUUCCGUGGUUCCCCAAGAUAUUAGUCCCUCUCUGAUUGACCUCUAGUCUCCUCUGCUCGUCCGGCUCCUCUCAUAUUAUUAUUCUUUCCCUUCUUGUCUUUGUUUAAUUGUUAAUUUAAGACACAGGUGGGGCAGGAGGAGCCGGGAGCGGCAGGGACAGAGACUUCCAACAGAAAGGUGAGCAUGGCAGCAGUUAGACUACACGCUGUAAAAUGUUUAGGAGGCUGCACCACACCAAAUCAACAAACAGUAAUUCAUCUCAGCUGAGAAGAUUGAUCGCAACACUCAACACACUCAACACACUUCAAAUCCAAAACACCACAAAUUCCUCUACAAUUGCUGUUGGUGCUUUAGUUUAAUAGUACCAGCUCAAGUGAUUUUCCUGUCUCCCACACUCCCUAACUUGUGUCUAAUCUUUCCUUAGUUUAGGGCAUUGUUUUUAUUAUUUACUGGCUAUUCUUUCCUUUCCACGUGCUUCAUCUUGGUACCUGUCUCCAACUGUAGAUGCCUCCCAAGCGUGAUGAGGCAGCCCUGCAGGAGGAGGAGGAGCUGCAGCUAGCAAUCGCCCUGUCUCAGUCUGAGGCCGAGGAAAAAGAGCGGAUGGUGAGUUGUUAGCCCAAUUAUUAGAGCCAGUAUUCGGCAUAUUUGUGAUAAUCGGUCUUGUAAUUUACUGAUAACUUACUCACUUCUCUGUCACCGCACUAGCCAAUGAGGUGCCACGUCGCGACCUCACAUCUCCCCUCCCUGUGAGUUCCCACAUGCAGAGCUCAUCUGAAGACAGGGAGGUGCUGACUGAGAGUGAUAUGAGUGCGAUUGCUGUCAGCAUGUUUAUUUAAUGCCAGAUUUGUGUAAAAAAUUAUCGACUGUCGAAAUAUAUUGGUGAAUUACUAGUGAGUUAAUAAAUUCAUAAUUUAAACCACUUCAAUUGAAUUUUUGCUCCCAAUCCUACCAACCCUUGUCAAUGAUUAAAGGGAGACUCGUACCACCAAAACAACUUUAGCUUAAUUAAGCCGUUUUGUUGUACAGAUCCUACCUCUGCAGUCUCACUGCUCGAUUUUCUGCCAUUUAGGAGUCAAAUCACUUUGUUUAUGCAGCCCCAGUCACACCUCCUGUUAAUUUGACUACUUUUCAGGAAAUCGUAGGGAGGCUGUGUGAGUCUCAGGAGGUGUGGCUAAGGCUGCAUGAACAAAGUGAUUUAACUCCUGAAUGAGAAUAGUGCAGUGAGAUCUAUACUCAAAAACUAUUUAAGCUAUAGUUGUUUCGGUGUGUAGCGUGUUCCUUUAAUGAUCAGAUAGAAAGCAUGCAUCUAAAUGUAAUGCAAAUAAUUGUUUUUAUUUAAUGGUAUUUAAAUGACAUGAUUAUACAGUAUUUGCACGGCAUACCUAGUUCUUAUAACAGUAACCAUUAAAAUACUGCAUUUCAGUGUAUGCUUGUUUAUUUCUAUAUACAUGCAAAAUAAUGCCAGGAUUAUCCAACAAAUGUUAGUGAUGCUUCCUCAACGCAUCAAAGAUUUAAACAUCUUGUGUUACUUUGUUUCUUCAUUACAGAAGCAAAAGACCACCUAUGGCAUGUACCCAAAGACUGAUCCUACGCCCGUUACCUCCUCUGCCCCUCCAGCCAGCACACUGUACUCCACUGUUGCAGUGAGUAUCUGUACAAUUAGACAUUGAUGAAAGACUCCCCCUCCACCCCCAUUUAUUUGAAUCAUUUUCUUAAACACACAUUCAUAGCCUCUUAACCCCUCUCUUCUGCCCCCAUGUAAAUAUGCUGAGCAGCUACAAACAUGGGUGUGAUGUAGGGAAGAGAGUGGUAAAGGGUAUGAGGACAGGAAUAUGGUAGGGGUGUGAUGGAGGAGAGGGUGUGGGAAGGAGAAUUAGAUUGUCUAAAUGGAAGGGAAGAAGCGUUGCUCCAAGUAAAAGUGUGUUGAGUAAGGGAGGCUCAUAGGAUGCUCAAUCUCAAUAAAUAUAUUUGUAUAUUUUUUUUUUAUAUCUCUCUAGAACUCAUCUGCCCCUCUUGCUGAGGAAAUCGACCCAGAGGUAACACAAACAGAAAAUUGAAACAGACCAUUUCAUGUUUGCUGUUCUUGUUUUUUCAUCGUGACUCUAUUUCUCUGUCUCCCCUUUCCCAAAGCUCGCUCGUUACCUCAAUCGUAACUACUGGGAGAAGAAGCAAGAGGAGGUGCGAAAAAGCCCCACUCCAUCCGCACCCAUUCCAAUGGCAGAGCCGGUGGUCCAGGCAAGUGAAGUGCCUCCAGUGAGCAUGGUGAAUGUGAUGGAGGUAAGAGCAGGCAAGGCUGAGCUAUUAAUGCUAUGUCAAUUGUAAUAUAGCUAUCUUUAUUCUUUACACCAUGUGGUGUAUAUUAGGGGAUAUAAAAUCUCUUUUAUGUUGUACUGUUUAAUCUUUAAAGGGGAUUAUAACUAUUUUUAAAUGUAUUCACUCGAGAGGCUGAAUGUCUGCUGAAUUUUGGGAAUGUGGGCCCAAGGAAUUAUAUCAUGAAUACAGUACAUGGAGUUCUUAAAAGUACCUUUCACUACUAAAUCAGGGGCAGUGUGUACUUAUUUUUAAUGUUCCAAGGAAUUAGUAUGAUAUUUUCCGUGCACCGACUGAGCCAGGACUGACCUCUCUCCCUCUCCUCUAGCAGCAGUACCAGAAUGGGGAAUCGGAGGAGAACCACGAACAAUUCCUGAAAGCCCUGCAGAAUGCUGUCACCACCUUCGUCAACCGAAUGAAGAGCAACCAUAUGCGUGGCAGGAGUAUCACCAACGACUCCGCCGUUCUUUCCCUCUUCCAGUCCAUAAACAACAUGCACCCGCAGCUACUGGAGCUGCUCAAUCAGCUAGACGAGAGGCGCUGUGAGUGUUGUGAUGGGACUUGUAGAUUGUGGGGUGAGGGGACGCGCAUUGGGUUGGAAAUGGUAUCUACCGCUCCUAAUGUGGUGUAGGUGAUUCUGUUAUUCAUUAUGUGCCAAUGGAAACCUUUUUAUAUACAGCUUUAUAUACCCAGAGGCAUUUAGGUCAAGUGGACUCUUUCCUCCAUUUCAAGAUUGCUAAUAAUAAGGUUUGAUAUUUGCCGCAAUGAUUAUUAUUGGCAAUCAUGAAAUGGAAUUACUGGGAAUUACCCACUGUAAAGAGAGAGUGAGUGACCAUAAAAUGACUUUAGAAUGUGCAGGUGGUGGCAACAAUGUGUGUACCAUGUGUUAUUUGAGUGAGAUGGAAUAAAAUACUGGCUUCUCCAAACAGUGUACUACGAAGGACUGCAGGACAAGUUGGCCCAGAUCAGGGAUGCAAGGGGUGCACUAAACGCACUCCGUGAGGAGCACCGCGAGAAGCUACGCCGUGCCGCGGAGGAGGCAGAGAGACAACGGCAAAUACAGCUGGCACAGAAACUGGAGAUAAUGAGGCAAAAGAAGCAGGUACUCUGUUAUAGGGACUUUGUUGAUGUCUAUGUGGACACUAUUUGUAUUAUUAUUAUUUAUUAUUUUAUUUAUAUAGCGCCAGCAAAUUCCGUAGCGCUGUACAAUGGGUGGACUAACAGACACAUAACUGAGAUCAGACCACUGGACGUACAGGAACAGAGGGGGUUGAGGACCCUGCUCGAUGAGCUUACAUGCUAGAGGGAGUGUGGUAUAGUGACACAAAGGGUUAAAGUAGGGGAAUUACAUAGUUUGUUAGAGAAGGGUUUAUUGAAUGCUUGGUAGGUCAUUUUUGACAGUUGCAGGAAAGGAGUCAUGGGGUGGGGGAUGAGAAACCUGCUGACAGUUUAAUUGAUACGCUUUAAUGAAGAAGUGAGUUUUCAAAGAUUUUUUUGAAAGAGUGGAGGCUGGGUGAAAGUCUGAUUGAGGAGGGAAGGGAGUUCCACAAAAUAGGUGCAGCCCUGGAGAAGUCUUGAAGGCGAGCAUCAGAGGUGGGGAUCCGGGCAGAGGAUAGGCGUAAGUCUUGGGCUGAGCUCAGGGGUCUCGACGGGACAUACUUGUGUAUGAGGGAGGAUAAGUAUGUUGGAGCAGCAUUAUGUAGGGAUUUGUAAGUAAGCGCCAGAAUUUUGAAUUGGGCCCUAUAUCUAACUGGAAGCCAAUGCAGGGACUGACAGAGUGGAGGCGUGGGAGGUGUGACCAGACGAGAAAAUAAGCCUUGCAGACGCAUUCAUUAUAGAUUGCAGCGGUGCAAGCUGGGAACAUGUAAGACCGGUGAGAAGGGGAUUGCAAUAGGCAAGGCGAGAGAGAACAGCAGCAUGAACCAGUACCUUAGCCGCGUCCGGCGUUAGAUAUGGGCGGAUGCGCGCUAUGUUCUUGAGUUGGAAGCGACAGGAUUUGGCCAUCAAUUGGACCCCUAGGCAGCGAGCCUGCGAGGUAGAGGUGAUAGUAGCUCCGUUGACUUGGAUGGAGACAGACACAGGAGUAGCAGCACUUGAGGGAGGAAAAACUAGAAGUUCUGUUUUGGACAGGUUGAGUUUAAGGAAGUGAGCAGCCAUCCAGUUGGAAAUAGCAGAGAGGCAGUCAGAAACACGAGAUCAGGGGAGGACAGGUAGAUUUGCGUGUCAUCUGCAUAUAAAUGAUAUUGGAAGCCAAAGGAGCUGAUGAGUUUACCAAUGGAGGCAGUAUAGAUAGAGAACAGUAGUGGGCCGAGGACAGAACCUUGGGGGACGCCGACAGAGAGGGGUUGGGGUGAAGAGGCAGAACCAGAGAAAGAAACACUGAAAGAGCGCUGGGUGAGGUAGGAGGAGCACCAGGAGAGAGCAGUAUCCCGUAGACCAAAGUACUGACUUUGUUUUGCUUCUAUAACUGUCAAUGAUCUGAUUUCAGGUUGUUCCUUGACUUGUUUGGGAUUAUUUUGCUCCGUGUAGUCACAGAACUCCACCUUAUUUAUAAGCUUUCUUUAUCUGAUGAAAAGUUUUAUGUUCCAGGAAUACCUAGAAAUGCAACGGCAGCUCGCCAUCCAACGUCUGCAGGAGCAAGAGAAGGAAAGACAGCUUCGGUUGGAGCAACACAAACAGACCAUCCAAAUGAGGGCUCAGAUGCCAGCUUUCUCCUUGCCUUAUGCACAGGUACUCAAAUCGUGCAGACUUAGGCCCAGGUCUUACUAUUGGCAAGCUCUCAAUAACUUCUGUGCUUUUUUGCAGCUACAGUCACUGCCAGCAUCAGGAGGAGUCAUGUACCAGCCCUCUGGGCCAAAUGCCUACCCCGGCACAUUCAGUCCAUCAGGCUCUGUUGAGGGAUCCCCAAUGCAUGGUGUGUAUAUGAAUCAGCCAGGUCAGGCAACCUCUGCUCCUUACCCACCCAUGCAGGUGCCGGGCACAGGUGAGGGUCGCUUCAUUACUAUGAUUUGAGAUGUUUGUACAUUCAGAUGGCUCACAGUCUAUAUUCUAAACUUCUCGCUGCUCCCCCAGAUCCCAACAUGGUGAAUGCCUACAUGUAUCAAGGUGGCUCGGCACCCUCAGCUCAGCAAGGGCAACCAGUGCCAACAACCAACCCAGCAUAUACCUCUUACCAACCUACACCUACCCAGCCUUACCAGGUAAGACCAAGAAAAGGAGGAGCUUCACUGACCCAAGACCUUGUCUGUUUGACCCUUGACUAGAGGAAAUGUGGUACUUUGUAUUUAUUUACUUCUUUAAUGUUUCACAUUUUAAACAACUGAUCAGAACAUUGCAGUGAUCCUAUAUCUGUAAGAACGUUCGAAAAUGUAAUGGAUAAGAAGUUUGAGAUCCCGGUGGAGGUGACAGUUUGAAUAACUUGGUUUCUGUUCAUAGAAUGUGGCUUCACAGAGCCUUCCUCCAAUGUCCCAGAAUCCUACAGCAGGCGGCAUAGGUUACAUGCCCACUCAGAACGUUCCCAUGGGUUACCAGCCGUACAAUAUGCAGGUAAAUCUGUCUUAAGUAACAGAGAAAGGAGUUAGGUCCAUCUUCAUUCUGAUAUUCCCAGUGCUGCUGUUUUGUGUUUGUUUUAGAGGAUAAACUGGUAAAAGAAAAAAUUCCUCCAUUUUAAUAAAUAUAUAUAUAUAUAUAUAUAUAUAUAUAUAUAAUAUUUAUUUGUAUUUAUUUUUUUAAUGGAAUAACUUGCUUUGAAACCAUACAUAGUGAUUACUUGUACACUGCAUUUACUCCUUAUUUGAUAGCUCAUUUUAAUUAUUCAGUCUUUCUGGGAUGUGAAUGUUUUAACUCACUCAGUCAAGUCUUCAUUACAGAAUGUGAAUCUAAGUAUGGCUUUAUCUCACUCUCUUUUCUACAGAACCUCAUGACUACUCUCCCUGGUCAGGAUCCAGCUUUGAGCAACAUGCCCUCUCAGCAGCCUUUCCUUGGAGGACAGCAGCCUAUGUACCAGCCGGUAAGUGCUGGAUAGAUGGUUUGUGUAGAAGUAGAGCUUUAGGAGGAGUGCAGAGUGUUUUGGGCAAUAUCUCGGGAAUAGAAUGUUUACAAAUCUGGUGUAGUGUGUCCAAUGUACAUCAUAUGGCACGCUUUUGUGUUGGUUUAGUAUCUUGUUGGAAUCUGCGUACAUGGAUUAUGGGUGCUUUUUUUGCCUUCUGGUCUGUAGCACUAGUAGCUAACUUUAGAAGUAAAUAAAAAAUCUAUACAUUAAGAAAGUAGUUCUCAUCAGUUAGUUGAGGUGGAGGGAGACUUGGCUGUUACUGAUGGGUCUGAUUUAGGAAUGCUGAACUCAUUCUUUUCUUCCAGAUGCCAGUAGGAGCCGGUCAACAGCAACCUCAACAGCAGCAACCAGCACAUGGCCAGCAGGGGCCAGGGGGCAGCGAAGCCCAGCUCAUCUCAUUUGACUGAUCCUAGAAGCCAUCUUUCUCUGUUCCUUAAACCAUGUCCGAUUUAGCUAACCUCUCCUGCCCCCAGUGUGUUUAGCAUGUAGCCCGCUGCAGUAAAACACUACAUUAAUGUAAUUGCCAUUUCCAGUGUCUCACACUAUGACCGCAAGCUUCCUUCCUCCGAUAUAAUAUCACCAGAUCCCAGAGGAGCACUCUACAUUAACAGGGGGCUUACUCUCUCUGUAACACCUGAUUCUCACAUCGUGUUUGUCUUUAAAAUAGCUUGUAUUUAUACAGAGUACCCCUAGUCCACGCUAGCAAUCUCUGUAACGAAGACCCAUGUCAAAUGCAUGCUCCUGCUGUCGUGGAACGACUUUCCAUUGCCUCCCAACAAGAAGCCAGUUUAUCAUUUUAAUAGUGAUAAGAGUACCCACAAUUUGAGUUAUGCCUCUAGAGAACAUUAGCUGCUCCUUUUUGUUUUACUAAUCAUGGAGAGUAAAACUUUGUUACCAGCUAUGAAGUGGUUUGCCAUCCACAGGAAAUGGCAACAGAGAAAUGUGAAGCUGUCUGUGUAUCUUAACUCCCAACUGUAAUAGGGGAUCAUAAAGCUAAGUAUCCAUUAACUACAAUCUCCAAGAUGUUUUUUCAUUACGAUAUUAAAGAAACACUUUAUAGAGUGCCCCCUCCCUCCCUGUAAGGAAUCAAACUGAUUUAAUUUAUUACCUGUGGCACGCCAGGCACCGCUCUCCGCCUUCACUACUUCCUAUGGAGAGAUACAAGCUCUGUCUGAGCUAAGCCCAGCGAUGCCGUCUCGGUUUCAUUGCUUGAAGUGUGCCUUUCAAAGCUAAAGCUAUUUAUCCUGUAAGUGUUCAGUAACUCAUGUUUAGUUCUUUUCUGCUAUAUCAGAUGUGUAAUAUCUGCAUUGAUGUUUGUAAUAUGACCUAUAUAGGGAAUACAAACUUUGCAUAUGUAGUCGAUAAAGCAAAAUAUUUAAUAGGACACCUAUCGAAAUACUGCCAAAAUGAGCAAGUAAGGAAGGAGGGCAAUUGAUUGAGAAAUUGAAGACCUACCCCUUGAUAUCAGAAUGAUAUAUUGCAUACAAUAAAACAGACUAAUGAUUUUACAUACCAGUGUGGCGGUGAUCACCAGAAAUGGGCCCCCAAUUUACAAAACCUUUAUUUCUUUACAAACUAGCAUUUACUGGCACAAUGUAUAGAUGACGGGAAUUAGAAUGGCGACUUCCUAGCUCUCAGAGACUUUCACUUUCCAGGAACCAGGACAUUUUCGGGGUUUGUGUCAAAGAUAAAUGGAAAAUAAAGUUUCCCCAAACAUUUGAAGAUUUUAUAAUGUGAGCUCAGAAUUAUACUAGUAUACACAUAAUGGGCAGAAUAUGCCUCUUUAAAAUAUAUAUAAUACUGUAGAAAUUAUGCUAUUAUUCCUUUUAUAUGUAUGACACCUUCAAUGGUAGGAGUUAAUCUGACGGGUUUUUUUUUUAUUGCUGUUGCAGUAACGGUGAAACUGUGAUUUAAGCAAGGGGUACAUUUAAACAUAAUCCCACAGACUCAUUCCAUCCCAGCUGUCCUCUUGUGUUCUUUAAAGCUUAUUGUGAUUGUGAAACACACCAGGUUACAGAAAGCUAUCUUACGGUGGGUGGUUCACACGUUUCUGUUUCUGUUGUAUUUGUAUUAAUCUCCUGGUUUAGUGACUUGUUAGUUAUCAAUAUAAUAAACAUUUAUCAGAACAAGAUCCCCUUGUGUUUUUCAAAUCUGGCUGGUCUGUUCUAUUGGUUCCGCUUACAAUCAAUCUGUCAAUAAGGGCUGACAUCUUCAUCAAGAAUGUGUCAUGCUGACACAUAGGGCAAAGCUCUGUGGCAGGGAUUUUAAACCAGUAGCUUACCAGCUGAAACUACAAGUCCCAAGAUGCUCUGCAAGCCUAUCAAAGCAACAGGCGAUUUUUAGUUCCACAACAGCUAGAUAGUGACCAAUUUUAUUGUGAAAUACUCAAGUGACUGAUUAUGUCCAUACAUACAGAGAUUUUUUUCCUAUAAAUUGGUCAAAUUUGGACCUAUCUGCAGCAUGUCCUGUUGGUUUUCUUUAAGAACUUUAUUCCGAAAUCGUUCUUGAUAAAGAGUUGCCAACAUUCCUGAAUCCAUUGAUAGUCGCACCACAUGGGUGGCAGUAAUACGCCAUAUAGUAUUACACAUGGCUGAGAGCCCACACAUUGCUUUUUAGGUAAUGUUGCCUUGUAGUGGUAGGCAGUUGAUGGUGUGAAUGAGUGAUCCAAGUAGAAUGAAGACUGCGUGAUGAGUGUGGGAAUUAGGGCAGACUGCGUGAUGAGUGUGUACAUUGAAAGGAAUAUUAGAGAAAUAUGGAACGUAACUUGACAGGAGAGAG